ACAGUCAAUAUGCACAAAGCGUUACCGUAAGUAAGACUUAAAAUGCGGCUUGCAUCAGACAGCAUGGCAGCUGAAGACGAAGGAAAAGAAGUGAAAAAUCUUCAACCACACUUAUCAAAACAAGAUUUGAAUACUCUAAACAUAGAGAAAUUAACACCAUUGACACUUGAUGUGAUCAGUCGACAGGCCACAAUCAACAUAGGCACCAUUGGUCAUGUGGCCCAUGGGAAAUCCACAGUAGUAAAAGCCAUAUCUGGUGUUCAGACUGUUCGAUUCAAGAAUGAAUUGGAAAGAAAUAUCACAAUUAAGUUGGGAUAUGCCAAUGCAAAGAUUUACAAAUGUGACAACAAUGCGUGUCCCCGCCCAAGCUGCUACCGGUCAUGUGGCAGCUCAAAGGAAGAUGUUUUCCCCUGUGACAGAUCAGGAUGUCCUGGGAAAUUUAGGGUAUUGAGACAUGUAUCAUUUGUAGACUGCCCAGGUCACGACAUUCUUAUGGCCACCAUGUUGAACGGAGCAGCUGUUAUGGAUGCCGCUCUUCUUUUAAUUGCUGGAAAUGAAUCGUGUCCCCAACCUCAGACAUCAGAACAUUUGGCAGCUGUAGAAAUCAUGAAGCUAAAGCACAUCCUGAUUUUACAAAACAAGAUAGAUCUGGUGAAAGAAAGCCAAGCUAAGGAACAAUAUGAACAGAUUCUUUCCUUUGUCAAAGGUACGAUAGCAGAAGGUGCUCCAAUCAUCCCUAUAUCAGCCCAGCUGAAGUACAACAUUGAUGUUAUCUGUGAAUAUAUUGUUAAAAAGAUUCCUGUGCCUCUCAGAGACUUUACAUCAGAACCCAGGCUUAUAGUUAUCCGAUCUUUUGACGUCAACAAACCAGGAAGUGAAGUUGAUGACCUAAAAGGGGGUGUGGCAGGUGGAAGUAUUCUAAAGGGAGUCCUUAAGGUUGGCCAGGAGAUUGAAGUUCGACCUGGAACUGUAUUAAAAGACCAGGAUGGAAAGCUAACGUGUACACCUAUAUUCUCUAGAAUAUUGUCGUGUUUUGCUGAGCAGAACGACCUCCAGUAUGCUGUACCAGGUGGAUUGAUUGGUGUUGGUACCAAGAUUGACCCCAUGUUGUGCCGAGCUGAUCGUAUGGUUGGAUGUGUGCUGGGAGCAGUUGGUGCUUUGCCAGACAUCUACACAGAACUCACAAUAUCAUUUUUCUUGCUGAGGCGUCUGUUGGGGGUGAAAAUGGAGGGCGACAAGAAGGGAGCAAAGGUGCAAAAAUUGUCUAAGAAUGAGAUUUUGAUGGUGAACAUCGGAUCAUUGUCAACGGGCGGCAGAGUGUUAGCAGUGAAGGCUGAUUUAGCCAAGAUUGGAUUAACCAACCCUGUCUGUACAGAGAUAGGAGAAAAAAUUGCUCUCAGCAGGAGAGUAGAGAAACACUGGAGGUUGAUUGGCUGGGGUCAGAUUCGUCAAGGGCGUAAAGGUCACGCCAAACAGUAAAUAGGAGGACAUUCACACCAGAUACGUACUGUAGUAAAGGCUCUGUGAUCCAGUUGGAUGGUGUAUAUAAUACAGGAUUGCUACUGUAAAAAGAUUCCUGAAAAUCACCAGCAUUUUUAGUCCAGUACAUCAUUCAUAUAGGAUUCAAACUGUUGUAUGACUGUGUUAAUUGAAGCACAAUAACUCGGAAAGAGAUUAUGUUACAACAAUUUUGUGGAGAAGCCUUUAUCUGAACAAGGAUUCAGACUGGCCUUUUCAAGGAAAUUAUGUACAAAACGAUUGGACGCAAACCUUAAUAUGAAUGACCUCUUCCUUCUGAGAAAUAUAAUGAGAUCAUGUGACUUGUUUACAUACAAAGAUUUUCCUUUCAAUCCCGAGAUAUCUGCAAUAUUAAAUCAAAAUUCUCCUAGAAGAGAGACAAAAAAUUAGCAUUUAUUUUGUGAUUUAAUUGAUGUUGAAAAAGUACUUCAUUAAUGAUUUAAUGCGAAUUUUGAAAGCAUUUUUGCAGAUGUAAGAAGUGCUUAAAUAAGUUUGUACAAAAUGCAGGUAGAAGAUAUCAAUUUUCCACAGAAAAAGUGCCGUCAUUAUAAUAGUACUAAAGGAUAAGUUAAUAACUGUAACAACAGAUGUCAUUUGAUAAAAAAAAAUAAAAUAAUUUAUUAUCCAAUCUUA